GGGCAUCUCGGGCGCCUCCUUCGGCGCUGGGCGCCCGGGCGCGCGGCGAGGUGCGGAGCUGUGCGCGCCCGGGACUGCGCUCUGCCAUGGAGCCGGCGCCGCCGCCGCUGUUGCUGCUGCUGCUGCUGGGUGAGGAUGGGGGGCUCUGGGGGUCCGCGGUGGGGCUGGAGGGGGGUCUUUCCCAGCGUGGUCCCUCUCCUCUCUUCCCGGCCCUUUAAGAGCUUCGCGGCAGGCAGGUGUCCAACAGGUGCAGCCGCAAAGUUUCUGCCUGUGUUGCCAAACUGCUAUCUGCACCUGGGAAGAAAAAGGGACAAGGGCAGAUCCAUUCCUUGCUUUCCUUUUCAUGGAGGGGCCAUAGAAUUGUAGAUGGGGCCAUCUAGCCCAACCCUGUAAUAUUUUGCCCGAGGUGGUUCUCGAACCCAGGACCCUGAGAUUAAUAAUAAUAAUAAUAUUUUUUAUUUAUACCCCACCCUCCCCAGCCAAGGCCGGGCUCAGGGCGACUAACAAGCAAUAAUAAAAACGAGUUGAAUGAAUACAACUUAAGAUUAAAAUACAACAUUAAAAUAUUAAAAUGCAGCCUCGUCACAGGAGGAGAAAGGAAAAAGAAAAAAGGAAGAGGCUAGUCUAUAUAAUAUCAGUCUCCCUGUCUGGGAAUCAGACCCUGGUCUGGUGUGUGACAGGCAGCGAUACCACCAGUGUUUUAUUUCUUUAAAAAAAUGUUUAGGGGUACUCUCAUUUUCCUACUCAUUUUGAAAUACUGCCCCUCAAUGAGGCCAAACUUAGAUUCACAAAAGGUUUAGGGGUAUGCGUCUCCCCCCCAGGAAAAAAACACUGCUUGCCACUAGCAGGAGUACCUUUUAGUCUUACCUCCCCACCUCCUUGCAAGGGGUUCCUGAGCCUCUAUGGUACCUAUCAGGCAGAAAUUCAGCAGGUGCAGUUUCCCUUGAUCCAUUUCUGCUUGUGGUGUCAGCAGCAGCACUGAAGGGUUUGUGGGAAGGACCAGGGGGAAAAGCAGCGGUUGUGAAGUCUCUGGAUGAAAGAGGUUAGUUGCAUCAAUCUGAGAACUUGUAGAUGGGCUGGCAGAGCUGUGCGGAAUGGAAAAGUGUGGUUGGCCGGAGUUGACAUCUUCUUUCUUAAUAUAUAUGACCAUUGCUUCACUUCUUCUUCUUAAAAAUAUACAUAUUCCAGGGCUCAUUUUGUAUGCUAAAAAGUCUGGCUGCUUGAUCUUUGAGGCAAGCUGUGUUCACUUAAUGACAAGGAGGAAAGCACUCUGUGUAUACUCAGAUGCAGCUUUUAAUUUAGUUCAUUCUGGGACUCAGCCCUAAUACUAAAAGCGCAUUAUAGUUCUGAACUUACUUAAAGCACAAAUCAACCCCAAAUGGCUUGUUUAAGGAGAGGGGGAAUAAGCAGCACUAGCAGGAGAGAUUUGAUUUUAUAUAUUAUUAUUUUUUGAUGUAUCAAGCUAUGCCAGGCCAGCAGGGUUUGUUGCCCAUGCUAUGGCCGUGUCCAUCAGGGUACCUACUGAACGGGGCCAGUUCUCUAUAUUUAGCUCUGUGUGUUUAUUUUAGGAUGCUUUAGAAUCAACGGUAGUUCAGGGAAUUUAAAAACAGACUGAGCCCCGGAGUGCUGGUGUUGUAUAUCACAUGCAGUUUUAAAUGGUUUUACAACCUUUCUCGCUUGAGAAUGUUGCUGGAUAUAUUAUGUUUCUUUGCUGUGACGUGCAGGUGUACAUUAACCUAGCUCUGUAAUGUUAAACAAACUUAUAUCAAAACCCACCAGCAUUAAAUAACGCAGCAAAUGAUUCCAAAGUUAAUUGUGUUCUUUGCAGACUCAUGGAACAGUUGCUUCCUAGAAACUAGUGCGGUUUACAAUCCACAGAGGCUUAGCUCUCUAUUUCCCUAUCUUACCUGUUGGAGAAGACUUGCAACAUAAGCAGAAUAACAUGGGUAGGCAAACUAAGGCCCGGGGGCCGGAUCUGGCCCAAUCACCUUCUAAAUCCAGCCCGCGGACGGUCCGGGAAUCAGCGUGUUUUUACAUAAAAUGUGUCCUUUUAUUUAAAAUGCAUCUCUGGGUUAUUUGUGGGGCCUGUCUGGUGUUUUUACAUAAGUAGAAUGUGGACUUUUAUUUAAAAUGCAUCUCUGGGUUAUUUGUGGGGCACAGGAAUUCGUUCAUUUCCCUCCCAAAAAAAUAUAUUCCAGCCCCCCGCAAGGGACAGUGGACCGGCCCCCUGCUGAAAAAGUUUGCUGACCCCUGCAGAAUAAUCUUGAAGAACAACUAUUCAGACAGAAGAAUAUUAUUCACUUCUGGAUUUUGACAGUGAAGAGGGGUGAAAGGUGUGGAAAAAACCCAUAACCCAAGUCCCAGAGAAGAAAGGGUGACAUAAACUGGAAACAUAAAUAGGAUGGGGUCUAGUGUCCAGUUACACCGGUCAUUCUCACACACGUCCCAAGGACAAUAGCACAGGGAAUUUUGCUGAACUGGUGUCAACGUGAGCUGUGCCUCACACUCCAUAACGUACAGCCUUCACGAUGUCGCUGGUGUCAAAAGAACCACUGAGCUUCUGAGAACAUAGUUUUACCCCGCCAAAGGCUGGCUCAUCAUGUGUCUUGGAUUGUGAGGAGCUCUGGGAGAUGCGCUCUGGGCAAAACUAUAUCCCAUGAAGCAGCCGUGCUUCCAAGAAAGAGUCAUUGGAUAAGUCUGCCUUUUCAUUUCAUUUUCAUUUCACUUUUGAUUUGUAUACAGUGGUACCUCUGCUUAUGCACGCUUCGGGUUACGAGCUCCGCUAACCGGGAAGUAACUGCUUCUGGUUGCAAACUUUGCCCCAGGAUGCGAACAGAAAUCGCACACCAGAGGCAGACCCCAUUAGCGAAAGCGCGCCUCAGGAUUAGAACGGUUUCAGCUUAAGAACGGACCUCCGGAACGAAUUAAGUUGAUAACCAGAGGUACCACUGUACCGUCUUUCUAUUUUACAGGUGAAACUUGAAAAAUUAGAAUAUUGUGGAAAAGUUCAUUUAUUUCAGUAAUUCAACUUAAAAGGUGAAACUAAUACAUGAAUGAGAUAGACUCAUGACAUGCAAAGUGAGAUAUGUCAAACCUUUAUUUGUUAUAAUUGUGAUGAUUAUGGCUUUGCAUGUCAUGAGUCUAUCUCAUAUAUUAGUUUCACCUUUUAAGUUGAAUUACUGAAAUAAAUGAACUUUUCCACAAUAUUCUAAUUUUUCAAGUUUAACCUGUACAAUACGCAAGGCGGUUUGCAAGCUGAAGAAUCAAAGAAUGUACACCUUUUAAUAAUCUAAUCCAAUACAAAAAUGUGAUAAUAAAGCAUAACUUUAAAAUAAGGAACUUAUAUUAAAUAAGUAAUAUUCAACAAUCCAUUAGAACAGUAAAGGUAAAGGGGCCCCUGACCAUUAGGUCCAGUUGCGGACGACUCUGGGGUUGCGGCGCUCAUCUCUCUUUAUUGGCCGAAGGAGCCGGCGUACAGCUUCUGGGUCAUGUGGCCAGCAUGACUAAGCCGUUUCUGGCGAACCCGAGCAGCGCACGGAAACGCCAUUUUACCUUCCCGCUGGAGUGGUACCUAUUUAUCUACUUGCACUUUGACGUGCUUUCAAACUGCUAGGUUGGCAGGAGCAGGGACUGAGCAACGGGAGCUCACCCCGUCACGGGGAUUCGAACCGCCAACCUUCUGAUCGGCAAGUCCUAGGCUCUGUGGUUUAACCCACAGCGCCACCCGCGUCCCUUAAAGAAGAUAAACAGGUCAUAAAACCAAAUUUAGACUUGAAAUGUGGUUUGCACACUUGAGAGUAGCAAAGCGUCAAAUACAGUAGGCAUGUCCAAAGUCUGUUUCAGGGGCCUAAUCCGGCCAGGGAUGAUUUAAUCCAGUUCCCAUGGCAGUAUAUGUCCUGGGGUAAAAUCCUAAAAAAAGCUUAGCAACUUCAAUCCAAAAAAAAAGCUCAGAAACUUUGGCGGGCUCUCAGGCUUGUUCACUUCAUCAAAUCUGGCCCUCUUUGAAAAAAAGUUUGGGCACCCCUGACUAGGUAUCAGCAUGGCUGCUAAUAUCAGUGCAAAUAAAUUUGUUUAACCUGCCUUUUAAUUAAUUAAAUAACUGCCCACAUCAUUAAAAAAAACAACACCUUCAAAAGAGAUGCCUUUUUUCAGAUUUCGAAGGAAGCCUAAGACUACUACUGACAAUAAAUUAAUGCUAAAAAAGGGGGUUGUUCUUCUUUCAGAGGAACUUAAGAGUACCAAAACAGCUCCGUCGCUGGGCCAUACUAAACAAGCAGCUAAAGCUCUUCCGGAUUAAUCUAUCAAUGAAGAGCCAUGCUGGAACAAGACCGUAGCCCAUCCAGUUCCCAUCAGAUGCCUAUGGGAAAUCUGUGGGCAGGAGCAGAAAGCAGUGGCAUGUAUCCCACCUGAUCACUACAGUGGCACUCUCCCUACCUGUGAAUUUUUCAGCAACUGGUAUUCAGAGACACCUUGCCUCCAGCAGGGAAGGGAGAACACUGCCAUAGCCUGUUGGAAGUUUGCAUUCCUACCAUUUCUACCUCGGAGCACUUGCAAUCUAGAGGCUAUUCAUCAGAAGCAGGGAAGAACCUGUAGAAAGGAAAGCACACUUUAUUUCUAUUGAGGCAGGCGCACACUGGCAGCAUCCCGCAGGGAAAGUGAGCAGAGCAGAGCAGAAAGGUAUGUUUCGGUGCUAAGCUUAGAGUGCUGGUAUCAGAACAUUCCAGGAAUUCUUCCGCCUCCAAAAAAAUGUGAUGCAGGUUCACCAUUCAAAGUACAGUAAAUGGCACAGAACUGGAAGAUGUUCCAACUUUUAAAUAUGCCACCAAUGUAAUAAUUUGGUAGGCAGUUAAAAUUGUUUGCAGGAUCUCUCAGUUGGUCAUUCUUGAUCAGUUAAACAAGAGCUCCAGCAAAGAAAAUAAAUAGCAGAGUGUGCUAUGGCGCUUGCAAUUUAUUUUUCUAAAUCGCCCUUAGAUAUAUAACCCUUUUUUCUCUCAGGCGUGCGUUAUGGCUUUUUCGGUAUUAAUCCCUUUCCCUCCAGCUGUCAAAACCCAGAACUGAAUGCUCUUCUUCUUCCUCUCUGAUUCGGAGUAUUUUUUUUAUAAAAAAACUUCUUUUAUUUCAAAUUCCCUCCAACAUGGAAAACUGGCCCAUGUCAACUACAAAUCAAAAUGCUAUCUAAUGCAUGUCAUAAAUGGAAAAAAACUAAGCAAAAAUUGCAUUGCAUUUUAAAAAGUGAAAUUACAAACUCAAUUAACACUUGAGUUGGCUUACAGAACUAUUAGGUCUCUAAAUUUUCCUAAUGGCGCAAUCGCAUUUCCAUUUUGAACGCUGAUGUUCUCAUGAGCGACUACUGUAUAUCUGUAGGUACACCAGCCUCAUCGCAGGAAAACCUGACAAUAGGUUUUUUAAAGCCUUUCUGUCCUGCAAAUAUUGUCAGUUUGCAUGAUGUUUCUCUCCAAGUAUCAAAUAAGGUAAAUUUCUGCUCAGUGCUCAUUCCUAUCUCUCAGUUCCUAAGAAUCAGAUGUAGGUUCAGGGACUAAUGGCACACUGUCUCAAACAGGAGGUCCUUUGGGUUCCUUUUUCCAGAUAAACAAGAUGGGAUAGCCUUUGCAAACUGUCUUACCAGUUCAAUAGGAUUGACUCCCAUAUAUUGAUGGGUGGAUAUUGCAAAAUUCUUUCUCAGGAUCACUAUGAUCUUUGCAUCAAACAAGUAAAUUUACUGAAUAUAAAGAGAUGAGCAGGAAGGUAAACAGUGUUUCUGUGCGCUGCUCUGGUUCGCCAGAAGCGGCUUAGUCAUGCUGGCCACAUGACCCGGAAGCUGCCUGCGGACAAACGCCGGCUCCCUCGGCCAGUAAAGCGAGAUGAGCUCCGCAACCCCAGAGUCGGUCACGACUGGACCUGAUGCUCAGGGGUCCCUUUACCUGUACUGUAUUUGAAGCUUUGCUACUCUCAGGUGUGCAAACCACAUUUCAAGUCUAAAUUUGGUUUUACGACCUGUUUAUCUUCUUUAAAAAGCUGUCAGGUAAUUUUUUUGCCAGGAGGAAUGUCUGUGUCUGUGUGUGUCUAUGUGUGUGUGUGUGUGUGUGUGUGUGUGCGUGUGCAUGCAUGCCUGUUGGGUACUUUUUAAAUCAAAUAAACCAUCUGUAUUUCAUUCUUGAUAUAAUCUAAUUUCACAGACUUCUGGGUCUCUGAGCAAAUGGAUUGAAUCAUGGCUGCAGAAAUAAAUCCCAUUGAAGUCCAUUGAAGCAGGCCCCGGUGAAGGCCUCCCAGUCUGAGCUGGGAGGAUGAAGUGUUUCCUUGAAGGCUUGAAAGUGCAAAGAGCCUUCCCCGCUUUUGUGUUCACCAACAAUUGCUUUAUUAUUCUGGCUGCUGGUUAGCCGUCAAAUCCAUCCAUUCUCUUGCUGCUGCACAGCCAAGUUUUCUAUCGGUAGAUUCCGUCUCAGGUUGAGCUUACCCGGUGUGUCAGAGAGCCCGGGAUUAGAUCAUAUCAGAAAGCUACCGUAUUUUUCGCACGAUAGGACGCACCGGACAAUAGGAUGCACCUUGUUUUAGAGGGGGGAGAACAAGGGAAAAAAAAUCUCCCCCUCUCUGCCCAGCGCCCCUUCAGCGAAGCGGCAGGAGGCGCUGCGCAGAGAGGGAGAGAAUUUCCCCCCUCUUGUUUUCCCCCUCUAAAACAAGGUGGCUACCUUGGAAGCCUGGAGAGCGAGCGGGGUUGGUGCGCACCAACCCCUCUCGCUCUCCAGGCUUCAGGUUCCUUUCGACCUGCUCUUUGGGGCUGGCGGGGGUAGCCCACCACCAGCCCCAAAGAGCAGGUGGGGAGCAGCGGAAAGGCGUGCAGCGAAGAAGCUCCUGCCAUAGCCGCGCGUCACCUCUCAAGCUGGGAGAGGGUCGUGGGGGGCUUCUUUAGCCCCACGCGCGCUCUCCUGGCUGGAGUGGUGGCGCGCGGCUAAAGAGGCUCCUGCCAUAGCCGCGCGUCACCUCUCCAGCCGGGAGAGGGUCGCGGGGCUAUGACUUCUUUGCUCCAUAGGACGCACACACAUUUCCCCUUCAUUUUUGAAGGGGAAAAAGUGCGUCCUAUAGAGCGAAAAAUACGGUAAACUGAAGUGGUGAUAGCUCAGUCAGUAGAGCAUGAGACUCAUGAUCUCGGGGGUCAUGGGUUCAAGCCUAAGGUUGGGCAAAAAGAUUCCUGCAUUGCAGGGGGUUGGACUAGAUGACCCGUGUGGCCCCUUCCAACUCUACCCUUCUGCGAUUCUGAGAUAAGUCGUCAUCAGUUUUCUCCUCUGUUGGGGGAGUGCAUUUGGGCUGCUCUCCUGUUCUUCCAUAGCCCUGGAGCUUUGGUUGAUUUAAAAACCUUGGCCUCAGUUUGUUCUCGUUGAUUGCUGGUGGAAAAGUACUGAAUUAAAGGGGGAGAAACUGAAAGAUGGGAAACGGGUAUUAUGAUGGGAUUAGAGUAAAGACUGUCCAUUGGAAUUGGUGGCUGGAGGCUGUCUUACUGUCACAUAGCUUUUCCUGGGUCUAAUGGAUUCUACGGUCAAACCUCGGUUGUCGAACAUACAGUGGUACCUCGGGUUACAGACGCUUCAGGUUACAGACUCCGCUAACCCAGAAAUAGUAGUUGUUGUUUAGUCGUUUAGUCGUGUCCGACUCUUCGUGAUCCCAUGGACCAGAGCACGCCAGGCACUCCUGUCUUCCACUGUUUGCCCAGUUUGGUCAAACUUGUGCUGAUAGCUUCGAGAACACUAUCCAACCAUCUCGUCCUCUGUCGUCCCCUUCUCCUUGUGCCCUCCAUCUUUCCCAACAUCAGGGUCUUUUCCAGGGAGUCUUCUCUUCUCAUGAGGUGGCCAAAGUAUUGGAGCCUCAGCUUCAGGAUCUGUCCUUCCAGUGAGCACUCAGGGCUGAUUUCCUUCAGAAUGGAGAGGUUUGAUCUUCUUGCAGUCCAUGGGACUCUCAAGAGUUUCCUCCAGCACCAGAAUUCAAAAGCAUCCAUUCUUCGGCGAUCCAUUCUUCUUUAUGGUCCAGCUCUCACUUCCAUACAUCACUACUGGGAAAACCAUAGCUUUAACUAUACGGACUUUUGUUGGCAAGGUGAUGUCUCUGCUUUUUAAGAUGCUGUAUAGUACCUCGGGUUAAAAACUUUGCUUCAGGAUGAGAACAGAAAUCGUGCUGCCGCAGUGCGGUGGCAGCGGGCAGUGGUGGCAGUGGUGCUUCAGGUUAAGAACAGUUUCAGGUUAAGAACGGAUCUCCAGAAUGAAUUAUGUUCUUUUCCCGAGAUUCCACUGUAAUCUGUUCCGGAAGACCGUUGACUUCCAAAACGUUUGACAACCAAAAACUGAAAGUGGAAGCCUCAAUGCAAUAGGGAAACUCAAAACAGAAACCAUGUUGAACGUUUGCCUUCUGAAAAUCGUUCGAAAACCAGACCAGUUACUUCCAGGUUUUAAGUGUUCGGUAGCCAAAACGUACGAUAACGGAGGCAUUCGGGAACCGAGGUUUGACUGUAGCAACUACCGUGGUACCUCGGGUUACAGGCGCUUCAGGUUACAGACUCCACUAAUCCAGAAAUAGUACCUUCGGUUAAGAAUUUUGCUUCAGGAUGAGAACAGAAAUUGUAUGGCGGCGGCGCGGUGGCAACGGGAGGCCCCAUUAGCUAAAGUGGUACCUCAGGUUAAGAACAGUUGCAGGUUAAGAAUGGACCUCCAGAACGAAUUAAGUUCUUAACCCGAAGUACCACUGUACAGUCUGGGCUGCAAAUUCUUCAUUUCUGAGCUAGGUGAUGAAGUGGAUUGUGGUGGAACAACUGUAGAUGUUCCCAGACGGGACUGAUAACCUGGAUCCAUGCUUGCUUGGGUUUGGAGAUUGAAUUAGCCUUGGCCGCCCUGAUGGAUUUUCUUAAUAAAGAGAAGGACAAGGGUUGUAUGGCCCUGAUCUUUCUGGUCUAUCUCUUGGUUUCCUUCUGGGCAGACUCUGCAGGAUGAAUAUUGAUGGCUUGGUUCCUACAUGCAGGGUUGUGACUGGAGAGUAGCGCUAGAGAGUGCUCUUCAGUCUCCUGUGUUUACACUAUGGGAUGUCUAACACGGGUGGCUCUGUGGUCUAAACCACUGACCCUCUUGGGCUUGCCGAUCAGAAGGUUGGCGGUUUGAAUCCCCGCCACGGGGUGAGCUUCCGUUGCUCUAUCCCAGCUCCUGCCAACUUAGCAGUUUGAAAGCACACCAAUGCAAGUAGAUAAAUAGGUACCACUGUGGUGGGAAGGUAAAUGCUGUUUCCGUGUCCUCUGGUUUCCGUCACUGUGUCCCGUUGCGCCAGAAGCGGUUUAGUCAUGCUGGCCACAUGUCCUGGAAAACUGUCUGCGGACAAACGCUGGCUCCCUUGGCCUGAAAGCGAGAUGAGCGCCGCAACCCCAUAGUCACCUUUGACUGGACUUAACCAUCCAGGGGUCCUUUACUUUUACUAUUUGACUCCAAUGCAUGGUGGUGCCUGGCAAAACAAACAUCAUGGGUGUAAAGAGGUCCUUGAAAUAUAUGUGUGUAAUGUUUUUGCUUUCUCUCUCCCCACCCCCUCUGAAGGCUUUGCCAUUUUCGACUGUGUGACUGGCGAUGGCAAUGGAACCGCUGAACAGGAAACAAAGAGGCUGUCGUGCGGCUACCCAAAUGGAAAUUGCACAGGUAACAAUAUGGAUUAUAUGUGAUGGUGCUAUUCUAAACCCAGAUCUACAGUACAUUGCAUGGUUAGCCACUCCCAGUCAAUUGUCUCCUCCCACUCUCCCCAGCUAAGGGAAAUCUCUGCUGGCAUAAGUUAUUUUAUUUACUUGUUGUUGUUGUUGUUUAGUCGUUUAGUCAUGUCCGACUCUUCAUGACCCCAUGGACCAGAGCACGCCAGGCACUCCUGUCUUCCACUGCCUCCCACCGUUUAGUUAAACUCAUGCUGGUAGCUUCGCAAACACUGUCCCACCAUCUCGUCCUCUGUCGUCCCCUUCUCCUUGUGCCCUCCAUCUUUCCCAACAUCAGGGUCUUUUCCAGGGAGUCUUGUCUUCUCAUGAGGUGGCCAAAGUAUUGGAGCCUCAGCUUCAGGAUGUGUCCUUCCAGUGAGCACUCAGGGCUGAUUUCCUUCAGAAUGGAGAGGUUUGAUCUUCUUGCAGUCCAUGGGACUCUCAAGAGUCUCCUCCAGCACCAUAAUUCAAAAGUAUCAAUUCUUCGGCGAUCAGCCUUCUUUAUGGUCCAGCUCUCACUUCCGUACAUCACUACUGGGAAAACCAUUUUAUUUACUUAUUACAUGUAAAUACCACUAUUAUCUUCAAAGCAGUUCAAGGUUGCCUGCAUGGUUCUCCUCCUCUCCAUUUCAUCCUCACACAACCCUUUGAGGUAGUUUAGGCUAACAGAUGGCAACUGGCCCAAGCUCACCCAGUGAUCUUCAUGGCUGAGUGGGGAUUCGAACCAUCGUUUCCAAGGCCAUAGUCUGACACUCUUGCCAUCAUGCCACCCUGGCUAUAUCUGUGUAAAGGGUUUAAAAAGGAGAGAGGUGUGUGGAGAGCAAGGAAUGAGUAUACAGUGGUACCUCGGGUUACAUACGCUUCAGGUUACAUACACUUCAGGUUACAGACUCCGCUAACCCAGAAAUAGUGCUUCAGGUUAAGAACUUUGCUUCAGGAUGAGAACAGAAAUCGUGUUCUGGCGGCACGGCGGCAACAGGAGGCCCCAUUAGCUAAAGCGGUGCUUCAGGUUAAGAACAGUUUCAGGUUAAGUACGGACUUCCAGAACGAAUUAAGUAAUUAACCCGAGGUACCACUGUAUUAAGGGCAGGGAGUUAUAAGUAUAAAUCAUGGGUAGGCAAACUAAGGCCCGGGGGCCAGAUCCGGCCCAAUCGCCUUCUAAAUCCGGCCUGCAGACGGUCCGGGAAUCAGCGUGUUUUUACAUGAGUAGAAUGUGUCCUUUUAUUUAAAAUGCAUCUCUGGGUUAUUUGUGGGGCAUACGAAUUCAUUUAUUUUUCCCCUUCAAAAUAUAGUCCAGCCCCCCCCCAAGGUCUGAGGGACAGUGGACCGGCCCCCUGCUGAAAAGGUUUGCUGACCCCUGGUAUAAAUAAUAACUAUAUGCAGGCUGCUUUCCUUAUAUCUUCUUGCUACUCUGUUACAUCCCACCUGAGUUAUGCAAGUCUCAUUUUAGUUUGGGAUACCACUGCAAACUGACAGCUUAUUACUCAUUCAAAUGUCAACUGGAGAUUAAAAUGUUUAGAAUUGUUUGGGGCCAAGAUUGAGUUUGCUCUACUUUCUGCCCAUGUCCAAAUAUAGCAUUUUUUGUAGAAUAUAUUCAAGGCCAGCAGGUAUUUUUUCAGUUCAGGCUGAAAUCACUCUAGUCUUCCUAGCAGCAAGAGUUAUGGGCAUCUGAAGUGAAGAGUCUUCAUCUGAAAUCACUGACAAUAUGAACCUUCCACAAGACCAAAGAGAGCCGAUCUUGCUCGUUUUGAAGCCAUUUAGGUCAGCGGGUAGAGACUGUGCUAGAUCUCAGACUCCCAAAUUGAUUAAAAUGUUGGUUCGCCUUUCCCACUAACGGUGAGCUCUUAAUCAGUGGUUUUAAUUUAGUUAAGGCACAUAGCCCCCCACCAUCUCUUUGUCGUGAAUGUCUGGAUGGGAGUCCCCUUUUCCCAUUCUUCGGAAGUACAAUCACAGUGCGGGGGCUGCCCUUGAGACUGACCCAGAAACUCCAGCGGGUGCAGAAUGCCGCGGCGAGACUCCUUACAGGGUCUUUGCUGCGAGAUCACAUUCAUCCGGUGCUAUACCAGCUGCACUGGCUCCCGGUAGAGUACAGGAUCAGGUUUAAGGUGCUGGUUUUAAGCUUCAAAGCCCUAUACGGCCUAGGACCCUCGUACCUACGGGACCGCCUCUCCUGUUAUGUCCCACGGAGAACCUUACGGUCUUCAAACAAAAACAUUUUGGAGGUCCUGGGCCACAGGGAGGUUAGGCUGGCUUCAACCGGAGCCAGGGCUUUUUUGGCUGUGGCCCCGAUCUGGUGGAACACUCUGUCACAAGAGACUAGGGCUCUGUGAGACUUGAUAACUUUCCACAGGGCCUGCAAGACAGAGCUGUUCCACCAGGCCUUUGGCCAAGGCACAGUCUGACCCCCUCCUUUGGCAAUCCUCACAGAACUCUAGCCCAAUGGUUGCCAUUAAUUUGAUUUGAACUGAUUUAAUAAUGAACUGAUUUUAGAAUGUUGUAUCAUUUUACUGUUAGCCGCUCUGAGCCCGGCUUUGGCUGGGGAGGGUGGGAUAUAAAUAAAAUCAUUUUAUUAUUAAACCACAGAGCCUAGGACUUGCUGAUCAGAUGGUCGGCGGUUCAAAUCCCCGUGACGGGGUGAGCUCCUGUUGCUCGGUCCCUGCUCCUGCCAACCUAGCAGUUUGAAAGCACGUCAAAGUGCAAGUAGAUAAAUAGGUACCACUCCGGCGGGAAGGUAAACGGCGUUUCCGUGCGCUGCUCUGGUUCGCCAGAAGUGGCUUAGUCCUGCUGGCCACAUGACCCGGAAGCUGUACGCCGGCUCCCUCGGCCAAUAAAGCGAGAUGAGCGCCGCAACCCCAGAGUCAGUCACGACUGGACCUAAUGGUCAGGGGUCCCUUUACCUUUUACUCUUAAGGAUCCCCCAGACUUCUAACCCAGACCUAUCUCUUCUCUUCCCUAACGUGUGUAUUGCUAUGAUUCCUCCAGAUGUCUAGAAUAGGAGUCAAUGCACAACAUAAGAAGAGUCUGCAGGAUCAGGCCAAUGGGCCACCUAGUUCAGCACCCCGUUCUCACAGUAGCCUGUGGGAAACCAGCAAGCAGAAUACGAACGCAAGAGCCCUUUUCCUCCUGUUGUUUCCAGCAACCAAUAUUCAGAAAGACUAUUGCCUCCAAGCGUGGAAGCAGGGGACGGCCAUCAUGGCUCCCAGUACGUUUCCGAGCACAAUUCAAAGUGUUGGUGCUGACCUUUAAAGCCCUAAACGGCCCAGUAUAUCUGAAGGAGCGUCUCCACCCCCAUCGUUCAGCCUGGACACUGAGGUCCAGCUCUGAGGACCUUCUGGCAGUUCCCUCACUUCGAGUAGUGGGGUUACAGGGAACCAGGCACAGGGCCUUCUCGGUGGUGGCACCCACCCUGUGGAAUGCCCUCCCAUCAGAUGUCAAGGAAAUAAACAACUAUCUGACUUUUAGUAGACAUCUGAAGGCAGCCCUGUUUGGGGAAGUUUUUAACAUUUGAUGUUUUAUCGUGUUUUUAAUAAUCUGUUGGGAGCCACCCAGAGUUUCCUGUUGAGAUGUGAACCCCUGGUGACCUGUUUCCCUUGCCUUUGCACCGUCUCUUUGAAAAUGCCCACUGUGAGAGAUCUCCUCUGUCGAGAGUGGAGACUGUGUAAUCUGCCACGGUACGGACUGCAUUCUUCGCAGAGCGUCAUUUAGUAUUCAGCCUGGUAACACAAUCCGCACAGCUAAUCAUUCUUUUGUAGCAGCAUUAACUUUUAACCCCUGUGAUGAUAGUUCCCGGAGUGGAACGGAGCAGUUUUCUGUUCUCUUGUGCUGUUGGGUUUCCAAAGAGUCUGGCGCAGAGCAUUCAAGGCUUCGUAGUUCAAUUUUCUGGUGCCGCAGCCUUCAUGAAUAGUAGAUGGAGCUGAUACUUUACAUGUGGCAAGCACAAAGGGGUAUCCUCAAGCAGAUGUAGAUAGUGGCAGCGGGGCCUGCUCCACUGGGAUGAAUGGGGCACUGCCCCACCUACCCCUUGCGUGCCUCCUUGUCAGGUGUGCGUGCUGGAGCCAGGCCCUGUGACCAAUAGGACUUUGCAGGACUGGGGCCUUCCUAAGUUUGUUCUGGAGAGGCAAGGCACGGCCGCACAGGUGAGGCCGAUUAGUAACUCACAGCACCUGGUGGCAAGAGCCGGGAAGGGAUAUAAGGUCAGCAUUUUCCCUUUGGCUCUUUGCCACAGCAACACGUUCCCUGCCUUGCUGUGUUUGACUCCUUGCUUCCUGACCCUCGGACCCUUGACUUCUUGACUCCCGGCCCUCUAACCCUCAGACUCUUGGCUUCCUGACUCCUGGUUUCUGGACUCUUGUUCCCAGCGGCGUAGUGUGGGUUGUCAGCACCCGGGGCAAGGCAAGUAAUUUGCGCCCCCUAACCCGGGGCAAGGCAAGUAAUUUGUGCCCCCUAACCCCUAACCUGCCGCCGCUGCCAGCUUCUUCUUGCUGCUGCCUGGUCUGGUCUGGUGUGGUUCUCUCCCGCGCUCAGCGCUGCGCUGGGCGGCCGCUGCACUGUCCCUCCCCCAGAUAGUCCCUCUCUCUCUCUCUCCGCACCGCACGCCUGGCACCCACCCCCUCCACAGUGGGCGGCGACCCAGCGGCUCGGAUCGGAUUCGCACAGCCAGCACUGCAGUGAGAGAGUGAGUGAGCCAGGUAGGGGCAGAGAGCUGCGAGUGCGAGUGCGCCCCCCCAGAUGUUGCGCCCGGUGCGGCCGCCCCCCCUGCACCCCCCACGCUACGCCACUGCUUGUUCCUUCUCCCACCCUGCCAUCUUGCCCCCAGGCCCGACGUCCCCAGCCGGGACUUCGAUCACCCAUGAACCGGACCGUGACACUCCUGUUCUUAGUAAGAACAGCUAGUCUAGGGUGGUGGCACGGGUGGCCAGCUUCUUCCUCCUUACUCUCAAUGUUGUCCUUGGGAAAUCAGCAGGGGAGAGGGUGGGGAUGGACCUAGAUAGCUCACUCAGUAAAGCAUGAGAUUCUCAAUUCCAGGGUCGUGGGUUUCAGCCCCACAUUGCCCUAAAAGAUCCCUGCAUUGUGGGUGGUUGGGCUAGAUGACCCCUGGGGUCCCUUCCAACUCUACAAUUCUAUGAUUCCUAGAGUGACAAGCUCUGCCUGUCAUUGGCUCUGGCGCCACCUACUGUUGGCCACCAUGCCUUGCACCUCACCUGUGCCAGGAGCACCAGCUGUCGCCACUGGCUAACACCACUCUUCAGGUUGUUGUUUUUUAAAAAUUAUUUAUAGUUUUCAUUUCUAUACAUUAUAUAAUUGGGGUGUCUAAGUUCUUAUGUUGGGGGAGAAACCGGAAGGGGCCACUCCCGGAAUCUGCAAGUGACUAAGACGGACAUGAACUUUGGGGUUCUGCACUGUAAAUAGUUUGCACCAAUAAAACCUGUAAAAGACAGGUCGGAGUCCUGCCUGGUUACUCGUGAGCAAUCACCUCCUCACCUGACAGGUGCCCUCCCAGGGGCGGGUUAGCCGCUCGGGUGCACGGAGUGGCCCGUGUGUCCUGCAGCCGGGAGCAGAGUGAGCCGACGAUAGCGGACAUUCGGCGCAUUGCCCGCUGGUGACUCCCAAGCCUCCCCCAGCUGUCAAAACGAAGGGGGAAGGGGAGAAUGCCCCUGGCAAAGUGGCGCAGCUCCCCCCUUGCCUGACGGCUCAGGGUAGGCUUUUGAAUCACGGGUGAGCGGCGCACAAAUGUCACCCCCCUCAGCGAAGACACCCGGGGUGGACCGCCCCUUCCUCCGCCCCGGUAUGUUGUUGUUGUUUAGUCGGUUAGUCGUGUCCGACUCUUCGUGACCCCAUAGACCAGAGCACGCCAGGCACUCCUGUCUUCCACUGCCUCCCGCAGUUUGGUCAAACUCAUGCUGGUAGCUUCGAGAACACUGUCCAACCAUCUCGUCCUUUGUCGUCCCCUUCUCCUUGUGCCCUCCAUCUUUCCCCAAAUCAGGGUCUUUUCCAGGGAGUCUUCUCUUCUCAUGAGGUGGCCAAAGUAUUGGAGCCUCAGCUUCAGGAUCUGUCCUUCCAGUGAGCACCCAGGGCUGAUUUCCUUCAGAAUGGAUCAGUUUGAUCUUCUUGCAGUCCAUGGGACUCUCAAGAGUCUCCUCCAGCACCAUAAUUCAAAAGCAUCCAUUCUUUGGCGAUCAGCCUUCUUUAUGGUCCAGCUCUCACUUCCAUACAUCACUACUGGGAAAACCAUAGCUUUAACUAUACGGACCUUUGUUGGCAAGGUGAUGUCUCUGCUUUUUAAGAGACCGCCCCCUAUAAAGCAUAUAGCUUUUUGCCUCCUUUCCAAAGCCCAGCACCUCACUUAACCUGGCUUUGAGGACUGCACAAAAAGACCCUGAAGUGUUGGACUUCCCUGCCCUAAUUUAUCUCCCUUUUUUUAUUUCCAGGCGGCACCACAGGACUGAGGUGGAGAGGACAUUUUUCGAAAUGUCCUGAGGAGUACAAGCACUACUGUAUCAAGGGAAGAUGCCGUUACGUUGCGGCAGAACAGAUUCCGGCAUGCGUGUACGUCGACUUUCCGAAGUAGAGAGAAAGGCGUCACUUGUCCGCUGUUGAAUUCUGGCGUGACAGGCUCUCUGGAAAUGGAGUAGUUGCUAACUGAGCCUGUUUUUCGUCAGCUUGCCUUUCAGUUCUGGGGCUUAUUCCAGAGCAUGGGUAGGCAACCUAAGGCCCGCGGGCCGGAUGCGGCCCAAUCACCUUCUCAAUCCGGCCCACGGAUGGUCCGGGAAUCAGCAUGUUUUUACAUGAGUAGAAUGUGUCCUUUUAUUUAAAAUGCAUCUCUGGGUUAUUUGUGGGGCAUAGGAAUUCGUUCAUUUUCCCCCUUCAAAAUAUAGUCCGGCCCACCACAUGGUCUGAGGGAUGGUGGACUGGCCCACAGCUGAAAAAGGUUGCUGACCCCUGUUCCAGAGCAUCAGAAUAUUUUGAAAAGCAUAUUGCCACCACGGCUGUUGAAAUGCAGAGGUGAAGAUGUCAAGUCUCCCCCCAGUUUAAUAUCAGUCAGUGACCAGAAUUUUUGUAGUCAGAUGAGGAUCCCUGUUUCUGCCAGGGUGGAUUUGAUUUGAAUCAAAUUGAUUUAAAUCACUCGUCAGUAAGACUUGAUUUAAAUAAUAUUUUUUACAAAAAGACUCGUUCUUGCUGGUAUAAUCUUAAUAUUUACAACCAGAUGAAGUGUCAUUUUUGGAAUAAUGAAUUUUCAGAGUGGCUUAUACAGUUAUAUAAAAAUUACUGAUUUGAUUAUACAGUUAUAUAAAAAUUACUGAUAUACUAUUAGAAAUACAAUAAUUAUGAAAUUAUUGUGAGGUUUAAUAAGUUAACUGUUUAUAUUUUGACCUAAUAGGUAUCGAAAUUUGCACUUAACAAAAUAUGUAUUUUUAUCAAAGUAAUUGUUGAACUGAAACACAGUUAAGAAGUCCAUGCAGAAUGUAGGCACGCUAUAUAUAGAACUGAGCAAACCAGUGAUAUUUUAGGGAGCAGGCUAGCAAUUGGGGCCCAUUACUUACAUCAUAGGGACGCGGGUGGUGCUGUGGGUUAAACCACAGAGCCUAGGACUUGCCGAUCAGAAGGUUGACGGUUCGAAUCCCAGCGACGGGGUGAGCUCCCGUUGUUCGGUCUCUGCUCCUGCCAACCUAGCAGUUCGAAAGCACGUCCAAGUGCAAGUAGAUAAAUAGGUACCGCUCUGGUGGGAAGGUAAAUGGUGUUUCCGUGCGCUGCUCUGGUUCGCCAGAAGCGGCUUCGUCAUGCUGGCCACAUGACCUGGAAGCUGUACGCCGGCUCCCUCGGCCAAUAAAGCGAGAUGAGUGCCGCAACCCCAGAGUCAGCCACGACUGGACCUAAUGGUCAGGGGUCCCUUUACCCUUUACUUACUUACAUCAUAGGAGCCUACACAACACAAAACACUGUUGCUGUGUGUAGGUUUUAUUUUAUUUGUUUUUUAUCUUAUAUUUUGGUAAUGAACAUCAGAUUUUUUUCCCUUUACAUUUUUUGGGGGCCCCCAAGAGAGUGGGGCCAUAAGCUAUAGCUUGUUUAGCUUAUAUGUAAAUCCGGCACUGAUGGGGCCCAUUGGUGUGCAUUGACACAAUGCCCUUUGCGUCUCACAACCCUCACUUCUCCUUUCCCUCCUUUACAGCUGCGAGAAAGGCUACACCGGCGCAAGGUGUGAGAGGUUGGAUCUGUUUUAUUUGAGAGGGGAUGAAGGUCAGAUUGUGGUGAUGUCUUUGAUAGGUGUGAUGGUGACGCUCAUUGUCCUGACUGCCUGUAUAUGCACCUGCGCUCAGUAAGUAUGCCGACUCGAAAGCACAGAGAGUCGAUUCUGGUGUUUUGGGUCUUUUACACGAAUAGCAGUAUAGUGGACGCUCGGGUUGCAAAUGUGAUCCGUGUGGGAUGCAUGUUCGCAACCCGCAGCGUUCGCAACCCGCGUCUGCGCACGCACGGGUUGCGAUUCGGCGCUUCUGCACAUGCACAAAGUGCAAUUUAGCACCUCUGCACCUCCGCAACCGCCGAAACCUGGAAGUAACCCGUUCCGGUACUUCUGGGUUUCGGCAGUCUACAACCUGAAAAAACGCAACCUGAAGCUGCUGUAAGCCGAGGUACAGUCGUGCCUUGGAAGUCAAUCGGAAUCCGUUCCCGGAAGUCCGUUCGACUUCGCAAAUGUUUGGAAACCAAGGUGCGGCUUCCGAUUGGCUGCAGGAACUUCCUGCAACCAAUCGGAACCCGCGUCGGAUGUUCGGGUCCCAAAGAGCAUUCGCAAGCUGGAACACUCACUUCCAGGUUUGGGGUGUUUUGGGGGCCAAAACGUUCGAUUUGCAAGGCGUUCGACUUCUGAGGUACAACUGUAAACGGUUCCUAAUGCUCCAAAUGUAGUUAUAUAAUAUUAUUUCUAAAAGGGGAAAUGUUGCUUGUCUCUUUUCAAGUUAGCUGUCUGGGUCUUGGUUUCGAAACCCAGGACCAACAAGUCACCCCAAUCUGAAACCCACUUUUAAUUUUUGGCUUCUCUCCCCGCCCCCCAGCUAAAGGUAAAGGGACCCCUGACCAUUAGGUCCAGUCGUGACCGACUCUGGGGUUGCGGCGCUCAUCUCGCUUUAUUGGUCGAGGGAGCCGGCGUACAGCUUCCAGGUCAUGUGGCCAGCAUGACUAAGCCGCUUCUGGCGAACCAGAGCAGCGCACGGAAACGCCGUUUACCUUCCCGCCAGAGCGGUAUCUAUUUAUCUACUUGCACUUUGAUGUGCUUUCAAACUGCUAGGUUGGCAGGAGCAGGGACUGAACAACAGAGUUCACCCCAUCGCAGGGAUUCGAACUGCCGACCUUCUGAUCUGCAAGCUCCCCUACUGUACCCUAAAUCUGAGGGGGUAGUUUAUGCCUUCUUCAGGCAGAUCCCUCUCUAGGAAGCCACAUUUCAAACUACCUGAAUAAAGCAAAGAUUGCAACUUGCUCUUAGGCCUCAUCCCGACUUCCUUUUGUGCCAUGUUUCUAGCUACGUGUUUCUGUGUUUGUUUGCUUGCUUGUUUUGUCUCUGUGCUUUUCCCAGAAAAACCCAUGUUUUACCCUUGAAUCAGUGCAAAUAUCAGUCGGAUUUUCUGCAGAUUGCUGUUUGCUUCAAUUCGGUGGUAAAGUGUGGGUUUUCCUGGGAAAAGUGCUGGGACAAAACAAAAAAAACACCUCAGACAUGGAGCUUUACACAGGCUGAGACCCUACCUGCCCGCGGACUGUCUCGCCUGAGUGGUGCAUGCUCUAGUUAUCUUCUGCUUGGACUACUGCAAUGCGCUCUACGAGGGGCUACCUUUGAAGAUAAUCUUUACAGCUAAUCCAAAAUGCGGCAGCUAGACUGGUGACUGGGAGCAGCCACCCAGACCAUAUAACACUGGUCCUGAAAGACCUCCACUGGCUCCCAGUACGUUUCCGAGCACAAUUCAAAGUGUUGGUGCUGACCUUUAAAUCCCUAAAUGGCCUCGACCCAGUAUACCUAAAGGAGCGUCUCUACCCCCAUCGUUCUGCCCGGACACUGAGGUCCAGUGCCGAGGGCCUUCUGGUGGUUCACUCACUGCGAGAAGCAAAGCUACAGGGAACCAGGCAGAGGGCCUUCUCGGCAGUGGCGCCCGCCCUGUGGAACACCCUCCCACCAGAUGUCAAGGAGAUAAACAACUAUCUGACUUUUAGAAGAUAUCUGAAAGCAGCCCUGUUUAGGGAAGCUUUUAAUGUUUGAUGUUUUUUCGUGUUUUUAAUAUUCUCUUGGGAGCCGCCCAAAGUGGCUGGGGAAACCCAGCCAGAUGGGUGGGAUACCAAUAAUAAUAAUAAUAAUAAUAAUAAUAAUAAUAAUAAUAAUAUAUUAAGUGUGGACCUUUGCCUGAAAAGUGCAGCUCAAAAGGAAGCUUGGAUGAGCCCUUAGGCAGCCUUCUGAUCCCUGACUGAACUCUUUUGUGUCUCUUGCCAGUACGCAAACAAAGCCCUCCUGAGGCUGGAUUGGAUAAGCUAACAGUCAGUGGUGUGAGGUCAGUAGACCGGAGAACUAGGCUAGUCUCUUAAAUCUUCACCUGGCACCUCAUCCCCAAAGCCCGAGAAGCUUCUGCCCAGCUUAGGGAGAGAGGUGUGAUGCGACUCUGACCCUACCUGUCCUCCUAGGAAAAAUGUCACCAUAAGCCUCUGUUAAUAGCGCCCUCUUGGGCUUGCUGGUCGGAAGGUCGGCGGUUCGAAUCUCCAUGACGGGGUGAGCUCCCGUUGCUCUGUCCCACCUAGCAGUUCAAAAUCAUGCCAGUGCAAGUAGAUAAAUAGGUACUACUGCGGCGGGAAGUUAAAUGGCGUUUCCGUGCGCUCUGACACUCGCCCCAGUCCUCCGUGCACCAGUAGCGGUUUAGUCAUGCUGGCCACAUGACCCAGAAAACUGUCUGUGGACAAACGCCGGCUCCCUUGGCCUGAAAGCGAAAUGAGUGCUGCAACCCCAUAGUUGCCUUUGACUGGACUUAACCAUCCAGGGGUCCUUUCCCUUUCCCUUUUAUUCCUCUGAGUGGCUAAUAACGAUGGUUCCUUCCUCAAAGGUAAAGGGACCCCUGACCAUUAGGUCCAGUCGUAGCCGACUCUGGGGUUGCAGCGCUCAUCUCGCUUUAUUGGCCGAGGGAGCUGGCGUACAGCUUCCGGGUCAUGUGGCCAGCAUGACAAAGCUGCUUCUGGCAAACCAGAGCAGCGCACGGAAAUGCUGUUUACCUUCCCGCCGGAGCGGUACCUAUUUAUCUACUUGCACUUUGACGUGCUUUCGAACUGCUAGGUUGGCAGGAGCAGGGACCGAGCAACGGGAGCUCACCCCAUUGCGGGGAUUCAAACCGCCGACCUUCUGAUCGGCAAGUCGUAGGCUCUGUGGUUUAACCCAUAGCGCCACCCGUGUCCCAUUCCUUCCUCAAAGUCUUCCACAGUUAUGUGGCAAAAUGAAGCAUAUAAGACUACUUUGGCCUAACUUGCGAGUCACCACAUGACGGCUCAUUGUAUUCCUUUGACUUCUGUGGGGUUUGAAUACUAUGGCAAUGGUCUGCUUAGUUGCCAAAGCACAACAGGUUUUGUCACUGAUUUCAUUUGGAGAAAGCACUUGCUUUCUUACUUGGGAAUGUACUUGAAAAGAUGAUCUAGAUUUAUUAGAAAUAAAAUACGUUUAAGGUGCAUGUGUUGCAGUGGUGCGUGUUUCUCUGUUCUAAUUUUACGGACUAGAUGUGCGCUUAAUGACACAUAUUUGCAAAUUGCUUUUCAAGUUACUGUAAAAAAAGGCGCAGGAAGAGGAGAGAGGAAGAAAUGAUGACAUUUGAGAAGAGGCUGCCUAUUAAAACAGAUGAUAUUCUAGAGACAGACAUUGCAUGAAGGUAUUUACUUCUUCGCUUGCUUUGCUUAUUUGAGGCGACAGAUAAAAUGGUUGGGCUAGCUUGUUUGUCUUCAAACCAACUGAGCUCAGGCUAGUCAACGUUUUCCUAAAAUACGAGCGGGGGCUCAUUAUGUUCUAGCUAACUCCAGAUUUCUAACUAUGGGAAGGCACAGUUAAGCAUGUAUUUUAGGAGAUUCAGAUUGUGUACACAUUAUGCUUUACUCUGACUCCAGUGCGCAGCCUUUGCUGGUGUUUGAAACUAGAGUACACAAGAUGUUAGCCUCAAUCCAUCUGCAUCCUGCCGUUUCUUGAGAAAUACAGUGGUACCUCGGGUUACAUACGCUUCAGGUUACAUACGCUUCAGGUUACAUACGCUUCAGGUUACAGACUCCGCUAACCCAGAAAUACUGCUUCAGGUUAAGAAAUUUGCUUCAGGAUGAGAACAGAAAUUGUGCUCCAGCGGCGCGGCAGCAGCAGGAGGCCCCAUUAGCUAAAGUGGGGCUUCAGGUUAAGAACAGUUUCAGGUUAAGAACGGACCUCUGGAACGAAUUAAGUACUUAACCCGAGGUACCACUGUACUGCUGAUUGAUUCACAUUCGCUCAAACCAGCUUCCACCCAAUUCAAAAACUUAAGCUGAGGUGUGUACAGUUUAGACAUCCAUUGCACAUGUGCAGAUGACAGCGUCAUUGAAUAGGAGUUGUGGGGGGUUGUGGAAUUGCAUGACUUGUGGGAUAAUGACCAUUGGCAUGAUUCUGUAAAAUGAUGGGAGGAGGAAGGAUGGGACCCAGAUUUAUUAAGAACACAGUCCUCCAAACCUGGAAAUGACUGCAGUGAACACAGUGGAGCUUGUUUCUGCUUAGUGUUGUUCUGCACGGUAAAAAAUCCUGACUGAAUUACUUUCUCUUUUUUUAAAAAAAAAAGAUAUUUAUUAAAAUUUCAACAUAUUAGAAAAAUGAGCGAAAAAAGAAAAAGGAAAGCAGAUAAAAAAAAAGAUAUAAAAAUGGAAAAGUACAAAAUGCAAAAUAAAAGCAGUUAAACAAACAGAUUAGUCUUUCUAUGUCUUAUCUUUCAUUUACUUGUUUCCCCGACCUCCUCGCGCCUCCCUUUUUUGUAUUCCAGUUCACAUAUUUUGUUCAGCAGUUCCCUCCCCUCUUUUAAGUAUCCUAAUCAUUAACCAUAAAAAUAUUGUACUUUUAGAUUUUUACAUAUUACAUAAUAAACCCUUUUUUCAUCUUCCCUUGUAACAUUUCAGCUAAGAACCACUUAGUUUUUAUCGAACAUCAUUCUAACAUUCAAUAAUUUUACAAUAUUUCUGUAGAUAAUCUUUGAAUUUCUUCCAAUCUUCUUCCACCGAAUUACUUUCUCUUUUUACCCCGCAGGUUGUCAAAAGGUGCUUGCAGGCAGGUUCCAUACUUUCCAGUGCCCUUUUCAUCUUGACGGAGCUCAUGAGGGCUAGUGACUUGAAAACCAAUGUGGCUAAAUGGAUGCAGGUGUAAUAAUUGCUGUGCGUUUGUGACUUGAUUCUGUGAAAAAAAUCAGGAGGAAUUGUCUACCAUGGGAAAAACAGGAAUUUCCAGAAGCACAUAAUGGAUUUUCACAGGGCUGCUUUUCAUAUCCCCUUCAGUGCUUCAAUAACCCACUUUGAAUUUGCCAGCAUGGAAGAGAAGCAGGAAUUUUUUUAUAUAUAAAUAUUACAGGAAUUGAUGUAAUAAUCUGUAGUAUUUUUAUGUACAGCAGAAUUCGUGAACCAAAGUGUGCCUUUAGGAGCAAAUGUAAAUGCCGAUGAGGUCUGGAUGUUGUAUUUAUACAAAUAGCUGUGGCUUUGAUUGAUGAUAUAAUUUUUUUUGAUUUUACGUGGCAAGGAUGUUUUCUGUUGGCUGUUUUGAGCGCAGCUGACCCCUUGCUUUGCUUUAAAAAAGAGAGUUGCAUUGUAACUGUAGUAAUGAGAAUUUGGAAAGUGUAAAUUUCCCUGUUCUGUGUGUCUUGUCUCUUAGAUAUUUGAAAAACACAAAAGGUAGAUGAUUUUUUGCGGGCAUCUUAUGCUUCCAUUAUAUCAGAGCAAUACUAAACAGCAAAGGGUCUCCUGCACUUUAAAAUAUUUUUUUGAAGGACUCUUUGUUAAGAUAUAAAAGCAGGAUAUUUUAUUAUGAAACAGGACAAAGUUGUAUUUAGGAACUUCCUAUGCGCUGUGGGUUAAAACACAGAGUCUAGGGCUUGCUGAUCAGAAGGUCGGUGGUUUGAAUCCCCGCGACGGGGUGAGCUCCCGUUGCUCGGUCCCUGCUCCUGCCAACCUAGCAGUUCGAAAGCACGUCAAAGUGCAAGUAGAUAAAUAGGUAGCGCUCCGGCGGGAAGGUAAACGGAGUUUCUGUGCACUGCUCUGGUUCGCCGGAGGCGGCUUAGUCAUGCUAGCCACAUGACCCGGAAGCUGUACGCCGGCUCCCUCGGCCAAUAAAGUGAGAUGAGCGCUGCAACCCCAUAGUCGGCCACGACUGGACCUAAUGGUCAGGGGUCCCUUUACCUUUACCUAUAUGAUCAGACAAAAUCUGCUUUAUACAUUUGGGAGCUUCCCAAACUGUUGCAACUUCUCCACUGCAUGUUUUGGCAGUGCAAAAAGCACGUUUUAUCAUAGACCAAAUAAAUAAAAUAAAAAAAUCAAAAAAAAAUCAGCCCUCGGUGCCUUAACCUAUGUGGUCACAAUUUUUUCAAAAAACUUCCUAACCUGCUGGGUCACAAUUUCACUAAAAAUCUGACAUUCUCCAAUUCACUCAAAAAUGGUGCCAAACUUGCAAAUUUCCCCCUUAAAGGUUUGGCAGUGCAAAAAGAACAUUUUAUCAUAGACUGAAAAAAAUCAGCCCUCAGCGCCUUACCCUGCGGAGAAACAUUUUUUCCAAAAAAUCCCUAACCCGCGGAGUCACAAUUUCACCAAAAAUCUGACGUUAUCCAAUACACUCAAAAAUCGUGCUAUUCACUUCUUUAGUUCCUAUGAAUGGUGCUAACAUGGUUCAAACAUAACUGGCUGAGGUAUAACCAGGCUGAUAGUUCCACCUAAGAAAAGAAGAAGAAGAAACCUGUCUAGAAGUUGGCUGCAGUGCAGGAGAAGCAGAAAGCAAGACCACCACAGAAAGUUUGUGUUGUUGUUUCAAAAUGGCGGUACACCUUGGAGAAGGGUGGAUAACCUAGCUGUUGUUAAUAAUAUUUAAAGGUGAACUCUCUUGUGCUGGUGAUAUAUGGUGGGAGAUGCAUAACCCUAAAAUAAUUUAAUACUUGUUUUCAGGUGUGGGGUGGAAGGGUCUGUGUUGCUCAUUAUCAAAAGUGGCUUGUGAUAAUCCGUACAGUAAGCGUUGUGCCCCACUACUUUCCCCCAGGUAUAAGUUAUUGUAAUUUAAUUUCUGGGGGGAAAGUGAUCUCCUCAAUGGAACUGUAACCUUGUGAGGAGACACUUUGACAGUAUUUAUUCCUUGUGUAAAGCUGCGAGGAGAGGCUUUCUUGAGUUCAUUUUUGUAAGUGUCUUUUGUUGCUGUUUUUUGAAUAAAGUGGUCUGGGCAGCUCAGGAAAGACACAUGUAAUUAUAGUUCAAACGGCCCAUGUCAAAACUCCAAGAAUUUUAAAAAUAUUCCUGCCUGCCCCACCCCUUCCAAUUUUCACCAUUCUUUGUAGGGAUAUUGUGUCGUGUAUUUCAACUUUGAGGAACACAAACUUAAGAUUUCUCCCCAAAUUCUGCAACGCAUCUCUUCCCAGCUACACCUGGAGAAAUUAUUUGGGGGAAGUUAAUGGAUUUUCAAUUAAACUUACAUUGUGGGAUUUCAAAACCACUUCCCAAAGCAAAUGGGACUUCGCCCUCAAAUUCCAUUACUGGUAGGAAAUCCAUUUUUUAUGUACUGAUAACCAAACUGUACAUUAGUUUGUUUGAGCCAGACUUAGUAACCACACUCUGAAUUACCACUCACAAUCACAGUGUCUGACCAGGCCACCUUUUCUGUCGUAAUAUGUCCGUGUUUUGGUGAUAUGAGAUGCAACUGUCUCAGUGCUGAAACCCCAGUGGGAAAAUCAGAUGUGUUCCGUUCCAAUUGGUAUUUUGCAGCCUAACGCAGCUAAUCGCGCCAGUUUUGAUGGGGAAAAGGUUUUGUCUUCUCACCGGUGAAUCUGUUGGACAGGCUGUUCCCCGUUCUAUAUGUCCGUAUGUGUGAAGUAGAGAUUCUGGCCUUCAGGAAUGACGGGCUCUCCAAAACCAAAUGCGUUUUAAUCUUCCUCGAUGAAUAGCCACUACAGAGGAGGAUUAUCAUCGCCUUUGUAGUCUAUAAUGCACCCACACUGUCCCUCUUAUUGGCAGUUUUCUCACUCUUGGAUUGUUCCAGUGAAGCAGGAAGUACCAUAUUUUUCUCUCCAUAAGACGCAACCGACCAUAAGAUGCACCUAGUUUUUAGAGGAGGAAAAGAAAAAAAAAUAUUCUGAA